CAACUCAAUUAUGGUGAUAUUUUAGCUGUAAAUACAUAGCAUAGGAUCAGUUUUGAAUAUUUAGAAAUGGAAAAUAACUUAUAUAGCAGAUAUCUCAUGCAAGUAUAGGGCCUUGCAAGAUGGGUUCCACUAAGACGGUGGCGUAUUUUUUCGACCCAGACGUCGGGAAUUUUCACUAUGGCCAGGGCCACCCCAUGAAGCCCCAUCGCUUGGCCCUCACACACAGCUUAGUUCUUCACUAUGGGCUCUACAAAAGGAUGCAGGUGUACAGACCGUACCGUGCUACGGUCCACGACAUGUGCCGCUUCCACUCGGAGGACUACAUAGACUUCCUGCAGCGCGUGACUCCUCAGAACGUCCAGAACUUCACCAAGAGUUUACAACAGUUCAACGUCGGGGAUGACUGCCCAGUGUUCCCAGGUCUCUUCAACUUCUGUUCCAUGUACACCGGAGCUACCCUGGAAGGAGCUGUCAAACUCAACAACAAUAUUUGUGACAUAGCAGUGAACUGGGCAGGAGGUCUACAUCAUGCAAAGAAAUUUGAGGCAUCAGGGUUCUGCUAUGUCAAUGACAUUGUCAUUGGGAUACUGGAGCUGCUAAAGUACCACCCUCGUGUUCUGUAUGUUGACAUUGACAUUCACCAUGGCGACGGUGUACAGGAGGCGUUCUACCUGACGGACAGGGUCAUGACGGUCUCCUUCCACAAGUACGGCAACCACUUCUUCCCUGGAACAGGUGACAUGUAUGAGGUUGGUGCAGAAGGUGGAAAGUACUACUCACUCAACGUACCACUCAAGGAUGGCAUUGAUGACCACAAUUACCGCCAGCUGUUCAAUCCCAUCAUGCAACAGGUGGUUGAGUUCUUCCGUCCCACCUGUAUUGUGCUUCAGUGUGGUGCUGACUCCCUGGGCUGUGAUAGGCUGGGUUGCUUCAACCUCAGUGUCAAAGGUCAUGGAGAGUGUGUCAGCUUCAUGAAGGGUUUCAACCUCCCCCUGCUGGUACUUGGGGGAGGGGGCUACACUGUGAGAAAUGUGGCCAGGUGCUGGACACAUGAGACAGCUCUGUUAUUAGAUGAGGAGGUGAACAAUGAGCUGCCCUAUAAUGAAUAUUUUGAGUACUUUUCACCAGACUUCACACUGCACCCCGAUACCAGUACCAGGAUUGAAAACUGCAACACCAAAGGGUAUCUGGAGCAGAUCCGUCAGACCAUCAACGACAAUCUGAAGUCGCUGAGUCACGCGCCUAGCGUACAGAUGCACGAUAUCCCACCGGACCUCUUCAGUCUGGAGGUGGUGGAGGAACCAGACCCAGACAUACGCGAGAGCGUACAGGAUCAGGACAACAGGAUUGAACCAGCUAAUGAGUAUUACGAUGGAGACAAAGAUCAAGACAGGGAUAACGAUCUGGAUGUAUGACAGUCUACAACAUAGCGGAACUUACUUGAUGUAGCUGAUUACAGCCUACGUAUUGUACAUAUAUGUGUAUUCAUCCUACACCUGCAUUUUCCAAAAGACUCCUGCUAAAGGUUUUGUUGUAUAUUCUAAAGAGCAAGAGAAUAUGCUGGUUAAAUGGAGAAAGAUAGCAUCUGUAUUGUUAGCAACUGUACAUUUCAAGAUGUCAAGCAUUUUGAGGGGAAUGAAUCUGUCAACUCUGUCCUGUAACAAUGGUUUUAUGAUGUUAAGCUCCUGUGCUGAGUAAUACAGUUUUUACAUCACUUGUACAUACUUGUUACAUGUACCUCUUUUCCCCAUGUUAUAUCAAUUGUUUCCAUGUAUAGUUUAUACUACACUUGUAAGUCAGAAUGUAAUGUUAUAAAACAAAACCCUCCAUACUGUGUUGGUCAAGUAUUAAAUGACAAUACUUAGAUGCAAUAUUUAUCAAUGUGCUUUCUAUUGUCGAUAUU